CACUCGGGCCCGGGCCCAUGGGCGCGCCGAGCCGGGCUCGGGGGCGCUGAGCGGGCGGGCGCGGCCGGAGGAGCCAUGGACUGCACCCUCGUGCGGACGCUUGUGCGCAGAUACUGUGCUGGGGAGGAGGACUGGGUGGACAGCCGGACCGUGUACGUGGGCCACCGCGAGCCCCCGCCGGGUGCUGAGGCGUACAUCCCGCAGAGGUGCCCGGACAACAGAAUCGUCUCCUCCAAGUACACAUUUUGGAACUUCAUACCCAAGAACUUAUUUGAACAAUUCAGAAGAAUAGCCAACUUUUAUUUUCUUAUCAUAUUUCUGGUACAGCUGAUUAUUGAUACGCCCACGAGUCCAGUCACGAGCGGCCUCCCGCUGUUCUUUGUCAUCACCGUCACGGCUAUCAAGCAGGGCUACGAGGACUGGCUGCGCCACAAAGCGGACAGCGCCGUGAACCAGUGCCCCGUGCACUUCGUCCAGCACGGCCGGCUGGUGCGGAAGCAGAGCCGGAAGCUCAGGGUCGGGGACAUCGUCAUGGUCAAGGAGGACGAGACCUUCCCCUGUGACCUGAUCUUCCUGUCCAGCAGCCGCGUGGACGGGACCUGCCACGUGACCACCGCCAGCCUGGACGGAGAGUCCAGCCACAAGACCCAUUAUGCAGUUCAAGACACAAAGGGGUUUCGUACGGAGGAAGAUAUAGAUUCUCUCCACGCCACCAUCGAGUGUGAGCAACCCCAGCCCGACCUCUACAGGUUCGUCGGCCGCAUAAAUGUUUACAGCGAUCUGAGUGACCCCGCGGUGAGGCCAUUAGGAUCGGAAAACUUGCUUCUUAGAGGAGCCACGCUAAAGAACACUGAGAAAAUCUUCGGUGUUGCUAUUUAUACGGGCAUGGAAACCAAGAUGGCGCUGAAUUAUCAGUCAAAAUCCCAGAAGCGAUCUGCUGUCGAAAAGUCAAUGAAUGUGUUCCUCAUUGUGUACCUCUGCAUCCUGAUCAGCAAAGCGCUGAUUAACACCGUCAUGAAGUACGUGUGGCAGAGCAAGCCGUUCCAAGAUGAGCCGUGGUACAACCAGAAGACAGAGGCGGAGAGACAGAGGAACCUGCUUCUCAGAGCCUUCACGGACUUCCUGGCCUUCAUGGUUCUCUUCAACUACAUCAUCCCCGUGUCCAUGUACGUCACCGUGGAGAUGCAGAAGUUCCUCGGCUCCUACUUCAUCGCCUGGGACGAAGAGAUGUUUGACGAGGCAACGGGGGAAGGGCCUCUGGUGAACACCUCGGAUUUAAACGAGGAGCUCGGACAGAUCGGAUCCAGGACCAAGCCCCCAACCCCUACCGCGUCUCUGUCUCUCCAUGAGACCGAAGGAGAAAAGUGUAGGAAGUACCCCCUCGGCCCCCGGGGCCAGGCUGCGUCGGGACGCUCGCACGCACGGAGCUUCGGGCGGGGGUGGCAGCACAGUUGGGUGAAAGCCUCGAAGUGGCUUCAUUCGGACGAGCCUGCCUUGGGGGGUCUGAGGGCCCUCGAGGGGCCGCAGCUCCCAGCCGAGCCAUGUCUGCAGGUGGAGUACGUGUUCACGGACAAGACGGGCACGCUCACCGAGAACAACAUGGAGUUCAAGGAGUGCUGUGUGGGGGGCCACGUGUACGCGCCGAACGCCAUCUGCAACGGAGAGGCCGCCGUCGACAUGAUCGACGCCUCCCCGGGCGCCGGCGGGCGGGAGCAGGAAGAGCUGUUUUUCCGGGCCAUCUGUCUGUGCCACACCAUCCAGGUGAAGGACGACGACGAGGUGGACGGACCCAGGAAGUCGCCGGAUUCAGGGAAGCGCUGCGCAUACAUCUCGUCCUCGCCGGACGAGGUGGCUCUGGUCGAAGGCAUCCAGAGACUGGGCUUCAGGUACCUGAGGCUGAAGGACAAUUACAUGGAGCUCCAGAACAGGGACAAUGACAUUGAGAGGUUCGAAUUGCUGGAAAUUUUGAGCUUUGACUCAGUAAGAAGGAGAAUGAGUGUAAUUGUCAAGUCUGCUACAGGAGAAAUUUAUCUGUUUUGCAAAGGAGCAGAUUCCUCAAUAUUUCCCCGAGUGAUAGAAGGCAAAGUGGACCAGAUCCGAUCCAGAGUGGAGCGCAACGCAGUGGAGGGGCUUCGGACCUUGUGCGUCGCCUACAAAAGGCUCAUCCAGGAAGAAUAUGAAGGCAUCUAUAAGCUGCUGCAGGCUGCCAAAGUGGCGCUUCAAGAUCGGGAAAGGAAAUUAGCAGAAGCCUAUGAGCAAAUAGAGAAAGACCUUAUCCUGCUCGGUGCUACGGCCGUGGAGGAUCGGCUGCAGGAGAAGGCGGCCGACACCAUCGAGGCCCUGCAAAAGGCAGGCGUCAAGGUGUGGGUGCUCACGGGCGACAAGAUGGAGACAGCGGCCGCUGCCUGCUACGCCUGCAAGCUCUUCCGCAGGAACACGCAGCUGCUCGAGGUCACCACCAAGAGGCUGGAGGAACAGAGUCUGCACGACGUGCUCUUCGAGCUGAGCAAGACCGUCCUGCACUGCGGCGCCAGCCUGACCCGCGACAACUUCUCAGGACUCUCAGCCGAUAUGCAGGACUACGGUUUAAUUAUUGAUGGCGCCGCGCUGUCCUUGAUAAUGAAGCCACGUGAGGACGGGAGCUCCAGCAACUACCGGCAGCUCUUCCUGGACAUCUGCCGGAACUGCAGCGCGGUGCUCUGCUGCCGGAUGGCGCCCCUGCAGAAGGCCCAGAUUGUUAAAUUAAUCAAAUUUUCAAAAGAGCACCCUAUCACUUUAGCGAUUGGUGACGGCGCAAAUGAUGUCAGCAUGAUCCUAGAGGCCCACGUGGGCAUAGGCAUCAUCGGGAAAGAAGGUCGCCAGGCCGCGAGGAACAGUGACUACGCGAUACCGAAAUUUAAGCACUUAAAGAAGAUGCUACUUGUUCAUGGGCACUUUUACUAUAUUCGAAUAUCCGAGCUUGUGCAGUACUUCUUUUAUAAGAAUGUCUGCUUCAUUUUCCCUCAGUUUUUAUACCAGUUCUUCUGUGGGUUUUCACAACAGACCCUGUACGACACGGCCUACCUGACGCUGUACAACAUCAGCUUCACCUCCCUCCCCAUCCUGCUGUACAGCCUGAUGGAGCAGCACGUCGCCAUGGACGCGCUCAAGAGAGACCCUGCCCUCUACAGAGACAUCGCCAAGAAUGCUCUCCUCCGCUGGCGGGUGUUCAUUUACUGGACGUUCUUAGGCGUGUUCGAUGCCCUGGUGUUUUUCUUCGGUGCUUACUUCAUGUUUGAAAACACAGCCGUGACCAGCAACGGACAGAUAGUGACCACCAACACACACAUGAUGUUUGGGAACUGGACCUUCGGGACGCUGGUGUUCACGGUGAUGGUGUUUACGGUGACCCUGAAGCUGGCGCUGGACACACACUACUGGACUUGGAUAAACCACUUUGUGAUCUGGGGGUCACUGCUGUUCUACGUCGUCUUUUCCCUCCUCUGGGGAGGAAUUAUCUGGCCGUUCCUCAAUUAUCAAAGGAUGUACUAUGUGUUCAUACAAAUGCUGUCCAGCGGCCCCGCCUGGCUGGCCGUCGUCCUGCUCGUCACCGUCAGCCUCCUUCCCGACGUCCUCAAGAAAGUGCUAUGCAGGCAGCUGUGGCCCAGCGCCACCGAGCGAGUCCAGAGGAGCUCGAGCCGCCGAGCCCCGGCCGACGCCGCGCCCAGCCCUGACCGGCCUCUCCUGACGGACCCCGAGCCGCGGCCGAGGCGCGAGUAGCUGGCGGAUAGACCACGUGCUUGGUGUCAGGACCACCUCUCGGGAGUCACCCUCUUGCCUCUCUGUAGACCCCAGCCCUGGGCAGUGGCGUGGGAGGGCGGGGGGCGCCAGGCCCCCUCCUGCCCAGCCUCUCCCACCCCCCGCGUCCCCACCCGGCUAGAGACCCUGCUCCCGUGGCCCGAGGGGAGACCGGAUGCACGGAUCACGGGUCCAGCCGCUAAGAGCCGCACGGUGAAGGGGACAGGACAGGCGUCCCCCGGCGGCGACCAGGCAGGACGCACACGAGCCCUCGGUGCCCC